AUGGCUUCGAACAAUUCAACCACUUUGCCUCAUUCAGGCCCGAACGGAUCAGACGGUCUUCCGCAUGAUAGCAGACGUCCACUUUUGGGUGGUUUUAUGAUAGCCUUCACUGUGAUAAUCAUUAUAUUCAUGUGCAUUCGGGUGUACCUCAGAGUGUACAUCUUGAAAGCAUGGAAACUCGACGACUCGAUGUUUACAUUAAGUGCGUGCAUCACAAUCGCACAUAUGGUGCCUGUUGUGUUCGGCAUGACACAGGGCUCCCUUGGUAUACAUAUCUGGGACGCCAAACCAGAAGAGUUGAAAAGAAACAUUAAUUUUAUUAUGCCGUCAAUGCUUCUUCACAUAUUUGCUUUUAACACGGCCAAAGCAGUUUUCCUGCUGCAAUAUCGCCGGGCCUUCGCUAUACGCUCUGUCCAGUUAUUUUGUGACGUCUUUCUGGCUGUGAUUUUCACCAUCAUGGCCGCGAUGUCGAUGUCCGGAGGUAUACUCAUGAGUGAGUUUACAAAGCCAAAUUACGUCUAUGGCCAAAAUCAUCAACAGUUCAUGACAUGGAGUUACGUUAACGCCUGUCUCAAUCUUACUACGGACAUUGUGAUUUUCAUCUUGCCUCUGCCUCUCGUUGGGCGCCUGCGUGUCGCCAUGAUGCAAAAGAUUGGCCUGAUUGCCAGUUUCGCUGUAGGCAUUUUGUAA